UGGGUCCAUACGAGUCCCACAUUCGCAAUGUCCCCACGACACUUGUCCUUCCUCAACUCCCAUGGAAGCUCGAUUGCUUCCAUUCAAAGCUUCUGCCAUGCAUGGCGGACCUUCAAUUUCACUUUUUCUUUUUCCUUUCUAUCCCUGUUCCGCCAUAGACGAGCAUUGGGACGGGUUUUAUUGCGAUGGAGUCGGAACCAGAGAUCGAUGGGGCCAUUUCUUCGGGCGACGACGAGCUUCUUCAGUUGGUUUUUAUCGCUGGCUCUCGACUGUUCGAGGAGGUGAAUUAAUAAGUAAUGCCAAUGGACUGGACUGUCUUUCGUUCUAUUAUAAGAUACAGGUAGCAGAUCUACAUCAGUUGGAGAAUGGCCAAGAAAGGUUUCAGAGUUCAUAUACAGAAGAAGCUGCCUUGGCUGAUCAAAAUGAUAAAACAACACCAAAAGGAAGAAGAAUUGGUGGGUGGAAUUGUGGGAUGCUGCUUCUAGUGAAUCAAGGAUUGGUGACACUGGCAUAUGCUGGAGUUGAAGUGAAUUUGGUUCUGUUUUCAAAGUCAGUGCUGAGGCAAACCAAUGCUGAGGCAGCAAAUACAUUCAGCAGAUGGAUGGGAACCACUUAUUGCUUCUCUCUAUUGGGCGCAUUUCUCAGUGACUCGUACUUGGGAAGAUAUCUCACUUGUAUCAUUUUUCAGCUUAUUUUCAUUGUUGGUCUGAUAGCACUUUCCUUAUUAACUCACAUAUCUCUGCUCAAACCCAAUGGUUGUGGCAAAAUAGGCCAAUUAUGCGACCCUCAUGGCUUAACCGAACUCUCGAUAUUUUACAUAUCGAUCUAUCUAAUCGCCCUAGGAAACGGAGCCCCCGAGCCGGCACUAGCUACAUUCGGUGCAGAGCAGUUCGACGACAAAGAUCCCAAGGAAAACCGAGCCAAGGCCUCGUUCUACAGCUACUUCUAUGUGUCUAUAAACAUGGGUUGUUUGUUUUCAGAGACAGUUUUGGUUUAUAUGGAGAACUUGGGGCAUUGGAAGGUGGGGUUUUGGAUAUGUGGUGGGUCUGCAUUGCUUGGAUAUAUUUUGUUAUUGAGUGGAAGUUCAAGGUAUAGACAGUCAAAACCUUGUGGAAAUCCUAUAUCAAGAUUCUCUCAGGUUGUAAUGGCUUCUAUGAAGAAGAUGAAUCUUCCAAUGCCUUCAAAUGGAGAAGGCCUUUAUGAAGGACUUGGGAAAGAGGCUACAAGAAGAAUGCUACACACUGAAGGCUUCAAAUUUUUGGACAGAGCAGCCAUUCUUACAGCAGAGGAGAUGAACUUGAUAUGGAACCAAGGUCAAACUCCAAAUCCCUGGCAAAUUUGCUGUGUCUCUCAGGUUGAGGAAGUCAAAUGCAUUUUGAGGCUUCUUCCAGUCUGGUUCUGCACUAUUUUCUCCUCUGUUGUGUUCAUUCAAAUGCUUUCCCUUUUUGUUGAACAAGGAGCUUCCAUGGACACUGUCGUCUCGAACUUCCACAUCCCUCCGGCCAGCAUGACCGCAUUUGACAUCGUAAGCACGACGCUCUUCAUCAUGCUCUAUGACAGACUCCUUGUUCCUAUAUACAUCAGAAUCGCGAAACGAAGGCCGAAACCACCAAAUGAGCUGCAAAGGAUUGGGAUUGGCCUAGCCAUUGCGAUAGUAGCGCUUGUAAUUGCAGGCUUCGUCGAGCAAAAACGGUUGAGGCAUGCAAGCAUCAGUGGCGAAGAAACAAGUUCUUUAAGUAUCUUUUGGCAAACGCCACAAUACGUACUCGUGGGGGUCUCCGAAGCAUUUGUCUACGUAGCUCAGAUGGAUUUUUUUGCAUCGCAAACACCGGAUGGGUUGAAAAGCUUGGGAAUGGGACUGUCAAUGUCUUCAACAGCAAUGGGGAGUUACCUUGCAAGCAUGAUUCUAACAAUAGUAAUGGCUGUCACAGAAACUAAUGGCAAGCCGGGUUGGGUUCCUCCGAACCUGAACGACGGUCAUUUGGACAGAUUUUUCUUCCUAUCGGCUGCUCUGACUGCUCUUAACUUGGCCUUUUACGUCAUCUGUGCCAAACGGUACAAGGGUUCGACAACGGAGAAGCAAGACGGAGACCGGGAAGAGGAGCUUGAUAGAGAGUUCAAGUGAGACGAACCCCUUUCUUGAUAGUAGGAAACUUGCAGGGAACAAUAGUGUUGAGAGACAGCAUAAAAUCUUAUCAAAGAUUUCUUUGCUUGCAGACAGGGAGUGGACAAACAGGUUUGACGAGAAUAUAAGCUGCAAGAUCUUAUUUGAAAUAUUACAAGUUCAAAAGACUUGAAAAAAAAUGUCUACGAAGUUAACUUCUAAUUUUCUACCUAAUAAGCUUUUGAAUUUUAAGGA